AUGUUCUACCUUUCCCUGGCUCAGGAGCUCGGCAAGGUCAAUGGCUUCUCCCUCCCAGCUAGUGAACGACAAAGGCCGAGUGAGGUCCAAAUUCACCAAGCCUCAGAACCAGAUCCUGAGUAUCGAGGAAGCUCAAUCAAACAAGCAUAUGCAGAUGUUCAAUAUCAAGUCACCGAGUUUUGGCUUCAAAAUGCCGAACUCAAGGAUUCAGUGCAGGGGGUGAUGAUCCGUUGA